AUGGAUGAAAGUACCACAAGACGGCGCGAAGUUGAAAGAUCAACAAAAGCAUACAAAUUUACAAUAACCGAAGAGCUAAUGAUAUUAGCAUCGCUAAGAAAAAAAAUAUACAAAAUACUUGAUCCGCUAUCCGUAGCAAUACGUGCAUGCAUACUUGCUGAUCUAAACUAUCAAAAUAUUGUAACUAUGGACUAUAACAGGGGAUGUGUGGUGGUGAAAGGGAAUAGUGCGAUUGAUAAUUCUUUGAUGGAUGACGUGGCGUAUAGGAUAGGACUGUACAGGGCAAGUGCUAGUAAAUGGGUCAGGCUGUUGAACGGAGAGUCGUACAAACGGUCGGAGUUUUACCUUAAGAAGGUGCGUAAGCGCGUUCUUGUUGAGCUGCAGAGCAAGAAUGCGGUCAAGUUUGAGAGCAAGUUUUGCUACAAGGUUGAUGUUAACCGAAAGGUUAGAGAGGAGCUGACAGAUAGACUGGUGAUGUAUGUUGAUGAUAAGGGCACCGAUGUGCGUGAUGAUGUGCUGCUGGUUGCCUUGGAGUACUCGGGAUGCUUAGGAAUUGUUUUCAGUGGCUGUAGCAAGAAAUUUUACGAGAGAUUGAAAGGCAAACUGUUAACCCUUAGGAAAUCGUUGAAGGACCGUCGAUUUAUCGGAGACGACCACUGCGUUAUGUACGAGGUAAUGAAAUUCAUGUUCAAGGACCGCUAAGGACACACGUACGUAACAACUCACCCCAUCAGUCUAAUCCUCAAGAACUACCCAAUCAAAUGAAUGUAUAGCAGUACGCUUUACCACCACGUAAUAAAUUAAUCCGUAAAAUACUACGUGCCGUAAUGCACCCCGUUAGUCCACACCAAUGUUUAGCACCAUCACUAUUCUUAAUAACCAUUCCGCACCACAUAAACAAUAAUUGACAAGAACACCAAACAUUCCUACUCCUCUACCGUUCUCAAUCCGUUCCAUCUCAUGAUAAUACCUCCAACAGCGUGAUGCUCUACUACGCGUAAUACUGACGCAGCAAACAUGCUGAGCUAGAGCAGGAACAGUUUAUACCGGUAUAGUUAUUUAAAACGAUAUUUUCUUCAUUUUAACACUAAAUAAACAACUUUCU